AUGGGAGCAUACACCCCUUUCCCUGCUGUUCGGGGGGCUGACCGCCGCAGUGAGGGAAGAGAAGGCCACCCCGAGUGUUGUGGGGGAGAGUCCGCCAGUGGACAAACGGCGGUUCGUCCUUCGCCUCCUAAGUCUUUGCUGCAUCUUCGCCGCUACCCGGCGAGCUGCGGGGCAGCCUCGGGGCGGGAAGUGGCCGCCGGGCGGGUCUGGGGACCAGGUCUGAAGACGUCUCGGGGCCUCCUGCGCCGACCCUCCGCGUCCCAUCCUGGCGUGAACCAGGAGAUCAACCUCCGGCGCCGCCGAGGGCCCUCCCGGCGGGAGCCCACGGGUCCGCAGGAGCGGUCCGGGGGCGCCCUCCAGCGGCCGCGGCCCGGAAGGCGCCGACCUGCAGGACACCCGGCGGGGAGCGGGGACUGGGGGUUCCCCAGUGUCCCGCCUCCGCCCGACGGCGCCCGGUUCCUGCCGGGCUGGGGGGAUCUAGGAGCCGAAGGGAGGCUGCCGUGGGACAGGAAAAGCGAGACGCCUUCUGGGGGGGCUGCGCUGGGUUCCCGCCGGGACGCCGAGGGGCGGGCGCGGCUGCGGGGGGACCCCGCGUCAGGCCGGGUCUGGCUUGUCCGGGACGGGGCGUCGUGCGGCCCCGAUGUCCUUCCCGGGCCCGCCAAAGCCCCGCAAGCCGCCCCCUGGAGCGGAGCCGGCGGACGCAGCGUCCGGGUCGCGGCCUGGGGCGGGCCACUUCCGUGUCCAGUCGGUGGCGUUCGCCGCGCGGCGCUGUCGUGCGCGCGUCGUCGCCGCGGGGUCCCCGAGCAGCCGCCGCCAGUGCGCGGGGACCCGGCACGGUGCCUCCGUCCGCGCGGCCUCUCGCGACCCGCGGGGCGGGGGUGCGGUCCCGCAAGCUCGCCCUGCCCUGCGCGGGCCGCGUCCGUGAGCGCCUCCGCUGGAUCCCCGUGCGGCCGCGGGUCCGAGCGGCCUCCCUCGAGCCGGGACACUCCGCCGCGCGCUUCCCCUGUGCCGGGGCUCGCGGACGCUUGCGCUGUGUCCCCUCGUCCGGCUGGGGCGGUGCGGGACGCGGCGCGCCAGCCCCGCACGGCCGCGCGCUCCCACGUCCCACCGCCGCGUCCUUCCUCCCCGGGCUGUCGCCGCAGCGGCACGAGGGCUACAGGACGCGACCUGCUUUCUCAGACGUCUGUACGCGCGAGCCGAGAGCGGAGCCUGUGCGGGGGCAGGGCAGAGGCAGGCGGAAGGGGGAGGCCGCGGCCCUCGGAGCAGGGAGUCCCGUGCGGGCUCCGUCGCAGGACCCCGGGAGCGCGACCCGAGCCGACGGCAGACGCUGCACCGACGAGCCCCGGCGCCCCUGAAAGAGACCUUCUCCUUCGCUACUCUGUGUCCACUGACGGCGGCUGGUCGGGAACCGACUACAGGUCACCGCCAGCCCCACCCCCGCCGACCUUCAGGGACGCCGCUGCUGUCCGCGGGGGUGGGCUCGUGGCUUUGGGAUGCGCGGGAGCAGGGCGAGGGGCGAGCAGAGGCGGCGGGGCCGCCGUGACACCGCGACACCGUGCGUGGGCGCCCCCGGCCCGCGCGGCGCGGGGCCUUCCGGCCGGCCAGACCGCCGCUCCGUGCACGGGCCCGCUACGGGGGGGCGCGCGGUCUCGAUCGCGGGCUCACGGCGCCCACUGCCGGACCGCAGCCGAGCGUUCCCGGAGGGGCCCCGCCGCCCGGCCCCGCCCCCGCCGCCCGGCCCGCCAGGAACCGCGCGUCCAUUGGCCGACAGCGCGACGGCCCGGGCCAAUCGUGCGAGGGAGGCGGCCCAGCGCCCAGUGGGAGCGCGGUGGGCGGGGCUGCAGGCGCGUGCGCACUGGGCCCACUGCGGCCCCGCCCCCGUCCGACCGGGGUCCCUGCGCGGUCUGCGCCCCUGGCCGGCGCUGGAAGCCUGGGCGCACUCUUGCUUCCCGGCGUCCCGCGGGUGCGCCCCUCCCCGGCGUCGGCGCUCGCUCGCCGGUCGUCGGCCCCGGGCGCGCGGACCCGCCACCCAGGACGGGGAAGAGGAAGCGCCGGGUCGCCGCGGCGUCCUCACCGGGCGGGCGUCCGCGCGCCGCACAAAGGGGAGGCGAGGCGUGGGAUGGGCGAGACGGCCCUCGGGGCGUGCUGGGCGGCAUCUGGCCGCGCAUCUGCGAGACAAAGGCGUCCCCCGGCCGCGAGGCCGCCGCGGCUGGGCCCCGGCAGGGCGGGCUGGCCUCGCCCUCCCCCGCGCCCGCUUCCCCUCGCCUCCCCCUGCCCCAGCCCCGAAGCCCCGUCGAGAGGCUUUGGGAGAAUUUCCGUUAG